AGACAGUCAACUCGUUAAUGAAAGGUUUUGAUUAACAAAAGUGUGAGCUGCGGGACAUUUGUUGUCGUCAAAAACACACAAAGGCAAUAGAAGUAGCAUUGCCGAAGCCAUGUCUUUUUCACGGGCACCUGUGAAAAGAUUUAAUGAUGAAAUUGGUUGCGCCCCUGCUCCUGGCACAUACGACGUGAAGACCGGUGGAGCUAAGGCGGGUGCUGUUUCAUUCCAGAAAGCGGAACGCUUCAAGCCCGUCAAACCAGCUGACGCUACCACUGUACCACUGUCACCGAAGAUGGAUGUUCCUGCCUCCCCAAUUCGUCGAACAAUGUCUGUCGACGGUUUGUCUGAGACAGCAAGCGCCAAGAAAGAGAAGGCUAGUAUGUCCAUACAUAUGAAGCAACAGAAGCUACUGGAGAAAGAGAUCCGGUCACUGGUGCAGCAGAAAGGGGAGCAGGACCGCCAGCUGCACGCCCUGGAGGAAGAGGUCAAGAAACUGGAGGCAAAACUGCUGGUCGCCACCAGAGAGAAGACGGGCCUGGCCGCCAACGUGGCCUCGCUGGAGAGGCAGCAAGGGGAGCUGAAGAAGACCAACGAAUUCCUUAAGAACAAGUUUUCAGCUGACACAUCAAAGAAAAAGAUCAACGCUCUCAGUAUGGAACUGAUGGAAGCGAGGAAUAAACUAGAUGCCAAAGAUAAGGAACUGAGUUUCCUUCAAAUAAGUCUGGAAGGAAAAAUCAAGAUGUUAGAGGCAGAUCUAUCAGCUUCCAGGGCCACUCUCGCUGCCCUCACAGAGAGAAAUGAUGACCUGGAGGACCUUCACAAGGAGACAAAAAUACACAAUGAAGAGCUUGAAACAGAGAUGGACAAACUUCAUGGUGUGAUACAGGAACUGAGGGAGGAGAUCAAGGCUCUUCAGCAAUACCUGGAUACCGCCAAUGAGGAAAUUCUGGACUUGCGCAGUAAGCUGAAGGCCUCCCAGAAGGCCUUGCAGCAGCUCGAGCGGCAGAAGGAGAACGGCAGCGACGAGCUGCAGGCCUCCCAGCAUGCCGUGCGGCAGCAGGAGCAGGAACUGGCUCGGCUCAGGGUGGUGCUGCGGCGCACGGAGGAGGAGCUGGAUCAGCGCGUGGCCCACCUGGGGGACAGGUGUCUGGUGCUGGAGGACGAGAGAGCCAAGACCCAGGAGGAGGGCUUGCGGCGGGUGCAGGAGCUGAAAACGGAGAUCGGCACCCUGGAGGAGAGCAGGCGUGCGGAGCAGAAGGAGCUGGAGGAGCUGAAGGAGACCCACAGCACAUUGGCCACCCAGCUGGAGGAGGAGCAGGAGCGUAGCCGCUCCCUGAAGGCCACCCUGGAGCGCGAGUGGGACUUGGCGGCGGCGGAGCGACGGCGUCUGGAGGCGGAGCUGGAGGAGGCGCUGGACGAGCUCUCCAAUCUGGAGGCGCAGGAGCUCCGGGGGCUGGAGACGCUGCAGAGCCUCCAGGGCCACAGCCAGGCGCUCCAGAGCGAGCUCGACCACGCCAGAGAGCAGCUCGACAGGCUGUCUCAGUCGGAGGUGGAGCGGAGCGGUGCGGAGGAGCGUCUGUCUCAGCUGGAGGCUCAGCGGAGCGCGGCGGAGGAGCGCGUGCGUGCGCUGGAGCAGGAGGUGGCGCGGCUCAGCCAGGAGCUGCAGGAGGAGCAGCGGCGGCAGGGAUGCCUGGAGCAGACGCAGGAGAAGGCCAGGGAGGAGUACGCCAGAAUGCUCCUGGAGGCGCGCACACAGCUGGCGGAGAAAGAGGAAGAGCUGGAGUGUGCUCAGGAUGCCCACGGCCGUGCCCUCAGCGGCCUGCAGGGGGAGCUAGACAAGCAGCAGAGUGCCCUGGCAGAGCUGGAGAAGGAGCGGGAGGAGAGGAGCAAGGCUCUGGAACAGCUGGAGAAGGAGAAGAACGCUAUCCUGGAGGAUCUAGAGAAGGAGAGAAAGGAAAAGAGCAGUUCCCUGGAACAGCUGGAGGAGGAGAGGAGCAAGGUUCUGGAACAGCUAAAGGAAGAGAGGAAUAAUGCCCUGGAACAGCUGGAGAAGGAAAGGGAAGAGAGAAGUAGCACGCUUGUCAGUCUAGAGAAAGAGCGAGAGGAGAGGAAAUCUGCCCUGGAGAAGCUAGAGAAAGAGAGAGACUGCAUCAUGGAGGAGCUGGAGAGAGAGAGGAAGGAAAGGAUCAGCUCUCUAGAACAGUUUGAGAAGGAGAGGAACGAUACACUGGAACAGUUAGAAAAGGAGAGGCAAGAGAGAAGUAGCACAAUUGUCAGGUUAGAACAGGAAAGAGAAGAGAGAAGUCAUGCCUUAGAACAGCUGGAGAAGCAGAGAGAGGAAAGGAAAUCCGCCCUGGAACAGCUAGAAGAGGAGAAAGACAGAAUCCUGGAGGAACUAGAGAAGGAGAGGGAGUUGAGGAACAGUUCUCUAGACCAGCUAGAGGAGGAGAGGAGCAAGGCUCUGGAAGAGUUGAAAGAGGAGAGGAAUAAUGCACUGAAGCAGCUGGAGAAGGAGACAGAGGAGAGGAGUUGUGCUUUAGAACAGCUGAGGAACGAGAGGGAAGAGAGAACCGGCGUCCUGGCUCAGUUGGAGAAGGAGAGGACGGAAAAAAGUCUCGCUUUAGAACAACUGGAGAACGAGAGAGAAGAGAGAACCAGCAGUCAGGCUCAGUUGGAGAAGGAGAGGGAGGAAAAAAGUUGUGCCUUAGAACAACUGAAUAACGAGAGGGAAGAGAGAGGCAACGUCCUGGCUCAGUUGGAGAAGGAGAGGGCGGAGAGGGCUCGGCUGGAGCAGAGGAGGAGGGAGUCGGCAGAGGGGCGCGUGGCCAAGGCCGGUCAUCUCGACGCCAUGGUGCAGUCCCUGGAGGAGGGCUGUGCUGAGCUCCAGAAGAGGCUGGAGCAGUCGGAGGAGUACAGGAGCAGGCUGGAGGAGCAGGUGGAGGACGUGGGGGAGCAGAGGGAGAACCUGCAGAGGCAGCUGGAGCAGGAGAGACGAGAGAUGGAGACGAGGCUCACACAGGCCCUCCAGCAGAACUCAAACGAUGCAGAGAUAGAGAAGUGGAGAAACCUGUAUGAGGAGCUGCGUGCUAAAGUUCAGCCGUUCCAGGAGCAGCUGGAUAACUUUGCAGCGGAGAGGAGUGCGCUCCUGAGCGAGAAGGGGGCCACGCAGGAGGAGCUGACCCGGUUAGCCGACGCCUACGCCCGCCUGAUGGGCCAUCAGAACCAGAAGCAGAAGAUCAAGCACGUGGUCAAACUCAAGGAGGAGAACUGGGACCUUAAAGAGGAGUUGUCUAAGCUCAGGAUCCAGGUCUCAAAGCAGAAGCGUGAGCUGGAGCAGUUGAGGCCGAGCCAGGGCCCACGGUUCGACCCCAGCAAGGCCUUCAAGCACGACCACAAGGAGAACCAGCGCCCCGCCACCACCACCACCACCACCACCCACAAAGCUGGUAAGCGCCCAUCUGCUGGAGCUCACUCCACACGGCCCAAGCACAUGGCAACCAAGAGCCAACCCAGACAUGUCAAGGCUACAGACCUGUAAUUUAAAGGCGGAGUGCAGAAAAAAGAAACCUGGACAGAAUUGAUGACUCCAAAAGCGUGUAUGUAUUUAGGUGUGGUUGCUCACACAAGUGGACAUGAUGGGUCUUUUCUUACGUCUUGCUUUGUCAAUGUAUAUGUCUCUUCUGCUUUUUACUGGACUAUGGCUGUGUACAUUACAUAUGCUAUAUAAUACAGUACAUGCAGUGUGCAUGUACGUAAAAGGCCCUGUCCUUAUAAAUACACGUCAGGGUUUUAGCUCCUGUCAAAUGAGCUCUUUUAUUAAACUAUAAAAGCCUUUUUAAUUAAUUUAGAAUGUUUUAGAUUAUCUGUCAGACCAUGUUUAUAGCAUUAUCGCGACACUGCUUUGAAAUAAAACUUUUGAAGUCUUUUUGCAUACACGUACA